GAGCGGCGAAUAUUUUCUUUUCUGUGAGUUUUGUUGUGUUUACUUAGAGCCGCGUACUCCUUUUGUCGGUGCUGGAAAUGAGGCGACAGACAGUCAGAGACACUACGACAGCAGCAGUAGUUAUGCUGAGCUCCUCGCCGCUCUGACUGCUUUAAUUUCGGGGAUGAAAAGUCCAAAGUUGCUCAGAGAGCAGGCGGUGGGAGUUUAUCUGAGGCAGCUGCUGACACCGGCCGGUGUGCGGACGCUGCUGCUCACACACGACUAGAGACAGAGAGACGGAGAGACACGGAGCUGCUAACGGGAGGAGGAACCGGUGUUUUCCUCUCAGCCACACCGAGGUUGUGGUGAGGAAUUUGGGGGCGCUGACCAACCCGAGACGGCACCAUCACCAUCGUCAUGGUCGUGUCGUUGCGGAGCUGGGUCGCCAACGAGGGAGGGAAACAUUUAAUCCUGGUGCUGUGGAUGGGAGCAAACACCUGGCUGUUCCUGAAGACCUUUAUGCUGUAUUACUCUGGACAACAGUAUCACUACCUCUUCGAAAUGCUUGGGCUCGGCUUGUGCAUCAGCAGGGCGUCUGCGUCUGUACUGAACCUGAACUGCAGCCUGGUGCUGCUGCCCAUGUGUCGCUCCCUGCUCACCUUUGUCCGAGGAAGACACACGGUAUCGAGCAGAAAGACACGCAGACUACUGGACAAGAGCAAGACCUUUCAUGUGGCCUGUGGAGUCACCAUCUGCAUCUUUUCAGUCGUGCACGUGUCUGCCCACUUGGUGAACGUCAUGAACUUCAGCGUGAGCUACUCGGACGACUUUCCUGCUCUCAAUUUGGCUCGCUACAGAGGAGAGGAUCCUAAGAUGAUCAUUUUGACCACAAUCCCAGGGGUCACUGGUGUCCUGUUGGUUCUCAUCCUUUUCCUGAUGUUCAUGUCCUCCUCCUACUGUGUACGCGUGUCCAACUAUGAGAUCUUCUGGUACACACACAACCUCUUCAUUGUUUUCUACAUCAUCCUCAUGGUUCACAUAGUCGGUGGUGCUUUAAAGUAUCAGACCAACAUAGAGGCCCACCCCCCCGGCUGCCUCCGAGCCAAUCAGAGCAACACAGAGCAGCAGGACGAGGAGCUGCAUCAGUGUGAAGAUGAAGAGAGGAGAUGCAGAGAGGAGGCUCACUUCCAUCCACACUACCCCCAGACAUGGCUGUGGGUGUCCGGUCCUCUCUGUCUCUACUGCGCGGAGCGGUUCUACCGCUACAUGAGGAGCAGUGACCCCGUUACCAUAGUGACAGUCAUCAGGCAUCCGUGUGAUGUCAUUGAGUUGCGCAUGCUGAAGAAGAACUUCAAAGCUCAUCCUGGACAGUAUAUCCUUCUUAACUGUCCAGGUGUGUCUUCAUUUGAGAACCAUCCCUUCACUCUAACAACGUGUCCCACAGAGAACAAGACAACUUUUGGCAUCCAUCUUCGAGUUGUUGGAGACUGGACUGAGCGUUUAACACAGCUGCUACUUCCUCAGCCUAGGAUAGACUUGGAGAUCCUUCCCAUGGUGCAGCAGAGAAGAUACCCCAAGCUUUACGUGGACGGUCCAUUUGGAGGUCCAUCAGAGGAAGUGUUCAACUACGACGUCAGUCUCUGUGUUGCUGGUGGAAUUGGUGUCACACCAUUUGCCUGUGUGCUGCAUGCUCUGCUCGAUGGCUGGGAGGGUUUCCGGUUGCAGAGGUUGUACUUUGUCUGGGUCUGCAGAGAGCUACACUCCUUCUACUGGUUUGCUGAGCUGCUAUGUGCUCUUCAUCACAAGCUUUGGCAGGAAAACAGACCAGACUACUUCAAUCUGAAACUGUAUGUCAGUCAGGAAAAUAAACUGCAGAGUAUGUCUGAGGAGAAGUACCAACCACUCGCCUCCAGGCUGCUGGUUGGACGGCCCAGGUGGAAGUUGCUGUUUAAGGAGAUUGGGAAAACCAAUAAGCAUAAACGCAUUGGGGUUUUCUGUUGUGGACCUAAGGGCAUUUCCAGGACUCUCCACAGACUGUGCAACUCCACAAGAAAUCCUGGAACCACCUUUGAAUUCAACAAGGAAACCUUCAGCUGACUGAACUCCACAACUGGUUCUACACUUCCUCGGUGAAAAAGAGAUAAGAAAUAAAACAAAUCGCAACUUUGGGAUGGACA